GAGAGCGCUCCUCCGCCCAGCUCGGUCCCUGCGCCCCGCUCCGCCCGUGCCUCGCUGCCCGCGCCGAGCUUCGGGCGUCCACAGCGCGCCCUUCGCCCGUGCAGCCAGCGCCACCCAGGGCUGCGCCGCGCACCCCGCCUCCUCCCUUUCCGCCGUCGCCGCCGUCGGACACGCAGCCGCAGGCCGGGGCCCGGCCGCAGCUGGGGAGUCAGGGGCGCGCGCAGCCAGCCCUUCCCCCUCCGGCUCCCGCACCGCUCGCCGCCUCCCCUCGCCCUCCUCCUCUCCCCUCCCUGCUCCUUCGCCGCUUCCUCCUCCUCCUCCUCGCCCGGCCCCAGCUGCCAGCACCAUGUCCGCAGGGGGAGAUUUUGGGAACCCGCUGCGAAAAUUCAAGUUGGUGUUCCUAGGGGAGCAGAGCGUCGGGAAGACGUCUCUCAUCACGAGGUUCAUGUACGACAGCUUCGACAACACCUACCAGGCAACCAUCGGGAUUGACUUCUUGUCAAAAACCAUGUACUUGGAAGACCGUACGGUUCGACUGCAGCUCUGGGACACCGCUGGGCAAGAGAGGUUCCGCAGCCUGAUUCCCAGCUACAUCCGGGACUCCACGGUGGCUGUGGUGGUGUACGACAUCACUAAUCUCAACUCCUUCCAGCAGACUUCUAAAUGGAUUGAUGACGUCAGGACAGAGAGGGGCAGUGACGUGAUCAUCAUGCUUGUGGGCAACAAGACGGAUCUGGCUGACAAGAGGCAGAUAACCAUCGAGGAAGGGGAACAGCGGGCCAAAGAACUGAGUGUCAUGUUCAUCGAGACCAGCGCGAAGACCGGCUACAACGUGAAGCAGCUCUUUCGACGUGUGGCAUCAGCUCUGCCCGGCAUGGAGAACGUCCAGGAGAAGAGCAAAGAAGGGAUGAUUGACAUCAAGCUGGACAAACCUCAGGAGCCCCCGGCCAGCGAGGGCGGCUGUUCCUGCUAAUGCACAGCCCACUCGGCUUCCUCAACACCACUCACUUGUUUUGCCUCCUAUCGGUUAGCUUCCUAACGGGGUGGGAACUGAGUUUAUCAAGACGGGGAGGAUCUUUCUUUUCUCUCUCUCUCUAGGAGUAGGGUGGGACAUGGGGAGGGAGGCUGGGCGUCAGGGACCACGUCACUCUUAAACAGCUGUUACCUAAACGACUAUUUUUUGGUUUGGUUGUAAUAUAUUGUACUUUAUUAAGAUUGCCAAAAACUGUUAAAAUUUAAAAAAAAAUUUAAAUCAUGUGUAUACAACUUUUUGCCAGAUAAGAAAAGUAGUCAUUUUUAUUUGAAAGAAGUGCUUUUUUUGUUUGUUUGUUUUUGUAUAUUUGUAAACUUACAGAGAACCUCUCUACACACCCCUUCCUUCCUGUUCUCUUGGAACUGUGUGUCACCUCUAUUAUCCUCCUACCCCCAGCCCAGAAAAUUAAAGCAAUUAACUGAACAGUAGUAAUUACGUUCUAGUUCUGGGUCACAUGACCCAAGCCAACCAAGCCCAGGACCCCACAGUCAAAUCAGACUUUAAUCUAACAAAACGGCCCCAGCAGGGCCAUUAUUGAGCCCUUCCUUGGCAGAGUGGGGCACAUUAGCAGGUCCCUGAGUGGAAAUGAAGGCCCUUGGACCAUAGCUUCAGCAGCAAACCCCUCGGCUGCUUCUGCCUCUUCUCCUUCCCUGAAAAGCAAACAUGGAGUCAGAGAGCACAGGCAACAGUGUGUUCUCUGGGCUGACCCAGUGACGAGCAGAACAAGAAGUUACCGGAAGGAUGGGGUGCUCUUGGCAGCUGUGGGCUGAGGCAGUGUGUGGUCUCAAAGGUUGUAAUCUACUGGCCCCACAGCUGACACAUGUGGUUAGGCUGACUUGCCAACUCGUUAUGUGAUGCUGGGUGGCUCAGGGAUGCUGACGCCUAGGGCACAUGCUAUCACUGCAGCUGUGAUUGAGGAAGAGAGGGGUGUCCGCCGUGACUCUGAACGCUCCAUGUUCUCAGACCCUUGGUUACCAAUCUUGCCGAACGCUGUCCUGGAAAAGUUGAUUCCUCAGUGUGUUCUCACCCCUGGCAUGGUACGUUUGCAGUCUUUGUAUGAAUACCUUUGGUUGGGAGUGCUGCGGCUGCACUUCGAGCAUCUUGGAGUCACUGUGGGGUUUCCAGAAGGCUGCCCAGGGCACUGCCACCUGCCCCCCCCCCCCAGCAGGCUGUCCUUGCCGUCUCCACUCAUUCCCCAGACCGUUUCUGUCCUGAAGACCUUCAGAGUCUCUAACAGAGAGUGCUCUUCUCAAAGCAAAAUAACUCACAUUCUAACUCACUACCCAUCUGUCUGCCUUUGGGCAGGCCUAGGGCAGUGACUCUAAUCAGAACAUCCCAGCCCCAGUAGCAGUGGUUCUUCUUCCAGACUGCUGGUGGGCAAAGUGAAUUGUCUCCACAGGGCAGAACUACAGCAAGGAAGUUGGCAUGAAUGAUGGAAUCUCUCAAAAAUGAGUUCAAAAUGGCAGGCUGAUUCUGUGAGUGGGCCUGUCAUGCCCCUCCAUCAUGGGAGACAGUGUCAGAGCCGGUUCUGGUGAAGGAGAGGAAGCAGGAUCCCCCUGGGUACCUCUUCCAGAAGGCAAGGACCAAUGUAUGAGCAUACUGAAGUGUCACGUGUUUAGUUUUUAUAUGUGUGUACAUAACUAUACUUAGAGAUAGACUUGUGUAUACACCCUCCACACAUCCUCACAUACACAUGUGCUCACUGUAUAUCCACGUCUCUCCUGCUCACCACUUGGAACUUGCAUUGUGAUUCCGGUUUUUGGAAAAAAGUAUGCAGUGUACUGAAAUAAGAAAUAAUUCAAUAUUGUCAAAUAACUUGUGGUUGUCUUGCCUUCAAUAAAAAUAGUGCAUAGAUGUGUUAAACUACAAGCAAAAAUAGUCCACAGAAUUACCUUCACACUGCUUUAUGUACCUGUGUGCACAGGUGUGCAUGCCGUCGUGGGCCAGUGUCCCCCCCAGUGUGGACACCCCACCUAUGUGGUGCUUGUUGGAAGAAAGCAUACUUACCCCGUGGUGACAGCAGCCUGGUUGGCAGUGAGGGGCUUUGCUGGUGGCCUCUGGCAGAGCCCCACUGUCAGAACUCUCUACUGGCUCUCACUGAAUGAAUGUAGGGUGAAUUUUAACCUUCUUGACCCUGAAUAACCUUUCUUGUAUUCCUGUAACUCGGAUUAGAAGCUCCAUUCUCUCGCUUGUACACACAAUCUAAGGCGUCAUGGUCUGCUGUUAGAAACAGCAGGUGCCAUGUCAGACACUAUUUCUGGUUGAUCCAGCCUAAGGAACCCUGCCUUCCUAACCUGUGUACAAAAUUCCUUCUUGAGUUUAGGCUCUCCCAGCCCUGCGGCCCCUGAAAAUGAGGGUUCUGCCCCAUCACUCUCCCAUCCCAGAGGUACCCUGGCCUUCUUUUCCUCAGCCAAGCUACCCAUUUCCUUCCCUAAAGGCAGUUAAAGCAGCCAGGCCUUAACACAGAACAGUAUUGGACCUGGGCUCUCCCCUUGACCAUCACCACCAUCAUCCUACUUGUAGGUAGGAUCCAGUCAGGUUCUCUUAAAGACGUCCUGAAAUUAUUUGUCCCUGUUUUUACUAAAUUCAGAUCAGUCAGAGGACAAAGUGGAGGAUUCCUCGUAGGGCAUGAUCUCUGGACACCGUGUCUGGCCUGGCAGAUGGGCAUGGCCCUCUUCCUUUUCUUUAGGAGCCUUGAAGGACAAUUGUCAGUAAAACUUCUGUGAGCAGUGCAGAAAUAGUCUGAGAUUGAAAAGGCAGGUAGCAUAGCUGUACACACCUGCAGACCAAAACAAAGGUGUGACGUCAGUGUCCUGAGUGCUGGUAUUGCUGUGGGGUCAGAGGCUACAGUGCUUGGUGGUGAGAGCCUUGCUGUUAUAUCAGUCACCGCUCCCUGUCGACAUCUUUACACAUUUCCCAGUAUCUCAAGAUCCAGGAAGCCAUGGCCACAUCAGUUCAAUGUCUCAGGAAACAAAAAUAAGAAUUUCGAAGGGGUAGCUAGGAGUGUAGUUGCCUGGGCCUAGUCUCUAUCCCAGUGGCUAACCAAUGUCAGAUCUAAGCACUGCUGGCUUCAGCAUCCUGUGGGCAGAGCAGUUUAUUCCUCCUCCAUAUGGAUGGGGGAGAGGCUGUCAGCAAAGACUGGGUAGCUGAGGAUGGGGAGUUAGCGACACAAGAACCAGCUAGCAAGAGUCUGUCUGAGUGUCAAAGGCUCAGGGCUCAAUGCCCACUAGUUUCUAAACUACCUCUCCCCCAAGAAUGGGAGGCACCGUGACCUUGCCACAGCACUGGGAGCCAAACCCUUCCUGUUGCACAGGUGGGAGAACCGGAAAAGACAAGGUCACCCCCAAGCCAGAGAUGAUCAGAACUAGUGUUGGCAUUCUUGAUGAGGACUGCUGUGCUCAUGCCCCUAAGCCAUCUCUACUGCGUGGCUUACAUAAGGAUAUUCCCAGCCCGACUAGCUAGAGAGAAGAUAGGUGCAUUUCAGGCUCUCACUGUAAGGAAGGGUGGUCCCCAAAUCUACUUGCAUUGUCUGUGUACACACACACACACACACACUCACACACAUGGAGCAGUAGUCAGGGUACCCUUUUCAUUUUUGUUUGAAAUCAACUUCUUCGCUACUCCGAAAACUUGCAGUUUCAAUGUGCAGACCCCUUGGACUCCAGACCCCGUCUGAUUGACACUCUGCAGUGCGGUAUGAUUAUCAGGAAAACCUUGCAGCGGGAGUUUGGAUGGGCCCUUCAGGAGGCAGGAAGCUUCCAUAGCAACGAAGGCCAGCCUGCCUGUUGUAAUGUGUUGACUUCUCACCUCACCUGUCCUUCAAAGUGAGGAGCAGAGGGCAGCAUCUCCAUCUGUACUGGGCUCAGAAGGCACAGUGGCCAUAUUGACUUUACAUUCAACUGUGUAAUAUGUGGAAAAGACUCAGCAUGUUGGUCAAACAAUAAACUGUCCUAAUUCUCGACACAAAA